AAAACAAUUUAAAAAAAAAAACUGUAAAAGUUUCGAAAUAUUGUAAAUAAAAUUUCGAUAAUUUCGAAAAUUUCGAAAAUGGAUAGUCUACAAGCUGCACUAGUAAAACUAGAUCCAGCAACAACAGUAACACCAAUUGGUAAAAUUCUCAAAGUUCAUAAUCAUCGUCCAACAUUUGUUGAUCUUGAUGACAAUGAUUUGACUCUUAAUAAUUUACUUGUCAAUGAAACAAUGUCUAAAUCAUCAGAAAUAUUAAAUAAAAAAAAAAUAAUAAUACCUGAAGAUGUCGUUGAUGAUAAUGAAAAAGAAGAUGAUUAUAAUGACACCAAUGAUAAUGACGAUGAUGACAAACAAAGUAUUCAUAUAUUAUUUGAUAUUGUUAAAAAAUGUUCGACAUUAGAACCACGUCGUUAUAAUUUAAAUAAUCAACAACAACAACAGCAACAAAUAAACAUUGGAAAAUGUACAAAAACUGAAGUUACGUGACGUCAACCAAAUUGUUUUGGUGUCAAUAUGAUAUAUCACACUUAUCCACCUCAUCGUGGUGGUAAAUCAUCACGUGAAAAACAUCAUCAUGCCAAAGAUAAAAGAC